AUGGCGGAUUCUUCAACUUCAGUGAUGGCUGCCACAGCGUCUACUUCAAACACAUCUAUUUCAUCCUUGGAUCGAGAUUCUUCCACCAACACCACUCAGCCAGAUCAUCAUCAAGAAGUCCCAAGACUCGUCAAUAACACCCUGGAAUCCCCCUCUUCAAGCUCGUCUUCUUCAUCAAAAAGUGGUAACAACAAUAAUACAUCUGAGAAAUCUAUCCAUGGAUCUUCCUCUUCUGGGUCUUCUUCAUCAAGUCGAACUUCUAAAAGGGCAAAUAGUACAGUUUCAAUGUCUGAAAGGAAUAAAAUAAGGUCAAAAUUAGAUAUGUUACCUUAUGAUCAUACAAAUGUCAAAUCAUUACCAUCUGUUUUCAAUUCACCUGAAAGACAACAUUCACAAAAUGAAUAUUCUUUAGAGGAUGAUUCCCAUAGUUCUAAAUUAGAUGCGCGUCAUUAUUCAGCUUCUUCAAUAACACAUGCAAUGAAUACAAAUAAAACUGUGAUAUCACCGUUAGCUCCAAGUCUUGAUUAUUUUUGGUCAAAUAAAUCAUUACAUAAAUUAUACCCUAUAAAACUAAUAUCUAAUGAACAAUUGAAAUCAAUAAUGAAUUGGCAUUAUUCAAAUCCAUUACCUGAAUGUGAAUCUAUUUUCCCCUGGUUACAUGGUAUUCAUCAUUCAAAUCAAAAUCAAAGAGAUUUUUUGAAUUCAUUAAUAAAUUUUACCACUGUGGAGAAGAAUAAUUUUGAUGUUUUCAAUCAAAAUAAUGGAAAAAUCCCAUCUACAAAUAGAUCAUUAAUGCCAAUAAGAUCAAAUUUUAUUGAUAAUGAGAAUGAACAAAUUGUUAAGUCUUCAGCUGUUUUAAAAGGUUCUGUAACUUCAAAUGAAAUAUUAUGUCAAUUAGAUGUAUCAAGACAAGAUUUAUUAAUACUUCUUAAUGGGUUAUUAAAAGAUUUGAAAAUUCAUGAUUCAAAUGGUGAUGAAUUUGAACAAGUAUUGAAUACAUUAUUUAAAGAUUGUGAAACUUUAGGUUUAUUACCAAUUUUCAAAAAUAUGGAUCCUGUUAAAGGUAUAUCAUUAAGAAAUUUCCAUAUUCAAGUUUGUAAAUUAGCUCAAAUAUCAGAUUUUAUUGUUUAUUGUUUUAAUGAUUCUCAUUUGGACAAUGACCAUCAUGAAGUUUCCAAAUGUCAUUGUGCAUCUGUUGCUAGAUUAUUAUAUUUUGCUCAAUUAAAACAUGCUAUAGAUUAUCCAGAAUUAAUAGAAUCAAUGUUUACUACUUUAAUACUUCAAGAUAAUGAUCUUUCAUUUUUUAAAAAAUCAGAAGCAAAUAGAAGAUUAUUAGCAAUUGAUAAAAUUGAUAGAGAUGAUACAAUUAAACCACCGGGGAAAAUUUGCUCAGUUUUCGAUUAUGAAGUAUUUGAUAAUUGGGAUACAAAUUAUCUUUUCAGAGAAAAAUUAGAAAUUUCAAGAAUGUCAACUGCUACUCCUGUUAUUAAUAAUGUUUGGUUUGGUAAUUGUACUGAUUAUGAAGUUUUAAAGAUUAAAGGUUCAACAACGUCUACUUCUACUUUUAAUUCCAAUUCACAAAAUUUUGAAUCAAGAAAUAUUAACCCUGAAGUUCCAUUAUAUGUUGAUCCAACUUUUACAACAGUUGGUGUAACAAGAGAUAUUUUAUCACAAGAAAAUGAUAAUGCAUUAAUAACACCAGCUGCUGCGGAUUGGGGGUUAUUCAUAAAUUGUUGUGAAGGUUCUAAUUUUCCAAGUUUAAAACUUUUAGAUGUUUUAUUAAGAAAAACACAUUCUGAAAUUUCUUCUUCACCAUCUCUAAAUGAGAAAACUUAUUUAAAUUUCCCACCUUCUGGUUCAAUUGGGUUAGGUGAUUUAGAUGAUGAUGAUUUAAUUUCAUUAUUAAAUGUUUGUAAAUUAUUAUAUGUCAAUUCAACUAAGGAAAAUCCAAGUUUGAUUUAUUGUUCAGAUGGGUAUACAGAAUCUUCAUUAUUGGCUGUUUGUUAUACUAUAUAUGCCACUGGGAAUCAUAUGACAGAAGUUGUUGCUGAUUUACAUAAUAAAUAUGGACGUCCAUUUUUUUUAUUCCCAACAGAUGUUCAAUUAAUCAACAGAAUUGAAGAAAUUUUAAUUACUUAUUCACCAGUUAAAACUACUGAAACAUUUAUACCAAAUAAAUUAGAUUUAUUGGAAAAUCAAUUCAUUUAUGAACAAUUGUUUACAAAUAAAGAACAAACUUGGUUUACAAAAUUAGGUGGUUCAAUGCCUUCAAGAAUUUUACCACAUUUGUAUUUAGGAAGUUUACAUCAUGCAAGUUCACCACAAUUAUUACAUGAAUUAGGUAUAACAAGAGUAGUGUCUGUUGGUGAAAAAUUAAAUUGGGGUGAAGAAAGUUCAUUACAAAGAACAAUUAUUAAUAAUAAUAUUUCAAUAAUUAAUGGAAUUACUGGGACUCCAAUUACAAAAGUUAUGUGCAUUACAAAUAUUCAAGAUGAUGGUAUUGAUACAUUAACUCAUAAUCUUCGUGAUAUAUUAGAUUUCAUUGAUGAUGCAUAUAAAGAUGGUGCUAAAGUUCUUGUUCAUUGUAGAGUUGGUGUUUCAAGAUCAGCAACUGUUUGUAUUGCAGAAGUGAUGAGAAGAUUGAAAAUAAAUUUAAUAAGAGCUUAUAUUUUUGUUAGGGUUAGAAGAUUAAAUGUUAUAAUUCAACCAAAUUUAAGAUUCAUGUAUGAAUUAGUUAAAUGGGAAGAAAAUGAAAGAUUAGAACAUGUUAAGAAAAAAUUAUUAGAUUUGAAAAGUUCAAAUUCUAAUAGUCCAAUUACAGAUAAUUUACAAAAAGUUCCAGUAUCAUCAAUUGAAUUAUCUAAAAGAUUAUCAGGUUCAAUAAGUUCACUGAGUUCAGCAAUUUCAGAAUCAACAGGUGAAACUUCAACCGUACCAUUUUUAGAAAAUUCAGAAUCACCAAUAAGAUUAGCAUCAAAUGCAUUAGAUCAAGUUAUUGAAGAUGAAACAGAUGAAGAUGAUGAUAAUGAUGUUGGAAAUAUUGAAGAAUCCGAUGAAUUAGAAAAUAAUUAUUGGCUUCGUGAUGUUGAUUGGCAUAUUUUAUGUAGAGAGAUUGAUUAUUUGAAUAGAGCAUAUAUUGGAGGAAGGUAA